GAAGGGAGGGCUAGGGCACUUGCUCCCAAGCCAGAUAUGGCUUGGAGGGAGCAACCAGGGAAUUGAGAAAUCUGUGCCAAAGCUGAGGAGGCCUUCAGGGUGAUACCAGAAGGCUUGGCAUGAAAGCUGUUUGGAUAAUCAUCCCUCACACUUCUGCAGUGCUCUAUGCUUUGCAAAGUGCCUCCAGGUCUGUGAUUUCACUAGGUUCUUCCAGUACUUCUGUGAGGUGGUUAGAUCUGGUGCUAGAGGUAAAGAAACUUGCAAGAUCACCAAGUGGCAGACGUGGAACUCCAAAACCAGGGCUCCUGCUUCUUGGUCCUGUGCACUUGAACUGCAGCAGGCUGGCAGCCUCUGGAUGAAUGUGAAGGACCAGCUUCUCUGUGAUUGUACUACACCGACUUUGAGGCAUGAUGAAUUCUAGAAGGACACGACGUAGAACAUCUGGCCGUAGGGUCAACUCUAACUUGAACCUGUGUUGUUGCCUUCCAUUGUUUGAAUGUCGUCGACGAUCCAAAAAUCAGCGGUCGGCGGACACCCCGCUCUCCCAGCUCCUGAGAUAUCCGCCGGUGACGAGGUCAGCGGUCACUGAAUACGGGGCUCGGAGUCUCUUCCGAGGCGGCAGCGAGGACGCUCAGCAGGCGGGAUGUGUGCUGGUGCUGGAGACGGGCAGCUCCUGUUCGAGUGCUCCUGAAGAGGCGAUGCUACCAUUCGCUGCUCCGGAGGAUCCCUGGGACGACCAAGAAAUGGAGGUGUUCGGCAGCAGCGGCGGGGCGUGCGGUGGCGGCGAGCCACAGGAUAUGUUUGCCCCGAAGAUGGCUGAGGUUAUACAAGAACAUGAACAGGAAGAGGUGGAGGACAUGGGGGAUUAUCUCAGACUUUGUAAGACAACGGAGGUUGUACAAGAAGAUGAACCUGAAGAGGUAAAUGAUCUUAAAAUGGUUGAUGAGCCAAUGGAAGAGGGAGAACCAGAAUCUAGCCUGGAUGAAGAUGUUAAAGAAAUCCCUAUUACACAUCACGUGAAAGAAGGAUAUGAGAAAGCAGAUCCUGCACAGUUUGACCUGCUCAAGGUUCUUGGUCAGGGGUCUUUUGGAAAGGUUUUUCUUGUUAGAAAGAAGACUGGUCCUGAUGCUGGGCAGCUCUAUGCAAUGAAGGUGUUAAGAAAAGCUUGCUUAAAAGUUCGAGACCGCGUUCGCACAAAGAUGGAGAGGGAUAUUCUGGUGGAAGUAAAUCAUCCAUUUAUCGUCAAACUACACUAUGCCUUUCAGACUGAGGGAAAGCUGUAUUUAAUCUUGGAUUUCCUCAGAGGAGGAGAUGUCUUCACAAGAUUAUCCAAAGAGGUUCUUUUUACAGAGGAAGAUGUGAAAUUCUACCUUGCCGAAUUGGCCCUGGCUUUGGAUCAUCUGCAUCAAUUAGGAAUUGUGUAUAGAGACCUGAAACCAGAGAACAUCUUGCUUGAUGAAAUAGGACAUAUCAAGUUAACAGAUUUUGGGCUUAGCAAAGAGUCAGUGGAUCAAGAAAAGAAGGCAUACUCAUUUUGUGGCACUGUCGAAUAUAUGGCUCCUGAAGUAGUAAACAGACGAGGCCAUUCUCAGAGUGCUGAUUGGUGGUCAUAUGGUGUACUUAUGUUUGAAAUGCUUACUGGCACUUUGCCGUUUCAAGGUAAAGACAGAAAUGAGACCAUGAAUAUGAUACUGAAAGCAAAACUUGGAAUGCCUCAAUUUCUUAGUGCUGAAGCACAAAGUCUUUUAAGGAUGUUAUUCAAAAGGAAUCCAGCAAAUAGAUUGGGAUCAGAAGGAGUUGAAGAAGUCAAAAGACAUGCUUUUUUUGCAUCUAUUGACUGGAAUAAACUAUAUAAAAGAGAAGUUCAGCCUCCUUUCCGACCUGCUUCUGGAAAACCAGAUGAUACUUUUUGUUUUGAUCCUGAAUUUACUGCCAAAACACCUAAAGAUUCUCCUGGUUUGCCAGCCAGUGCAAAUGCUCAUCAGCUCUUCAAAGGAUUCAGCUUUGUUGCAACUUCUAUUGCAGAAGAAUAUAAAAUCACUCCUGUUACAAGUGCAAAUGUAUUACCAGUCGUCCAGAUGAAUGGAAAUGCUGCUCAAUUUAGUGAAGUCUAUGAAUUGAAAGAGGAUAUUGGUGUUGGUUCUUACUCUGUUUGCAAGCGAUGCAUACAUUCAGGUUCCAACAUGGAAUUUGCAGUAAAGAUCAUUGAUAAAAAUAAACGAGAUCCCUCCGAAGAAAUUGACAUUCUUAUGCGUUAUGGACAACAUCCCAACAUUAUCACUUUAAAGGAUGUCUUUGAUGAUGGAAGAUAUGUUUACCUUGUUACGGAUUUGAUGAAAGGAGGAGAACUACUGGAUCGUAUUCUCAAAAAAAAGUGUUUCUCAGAACAGGAAGCUAGUGAUGUGCUGUAUGUAAUAACAAAGACAGUUGAAUAUCUUCAUUGUCAAGGAGUUGUUCAUCGUGAUCUUAAGCCCAGUAAUAUUUUGUACAUGGAUGAAUCAGCCAAUGCAGAUUCAAUUAAGAUCUGCGAUUUUGGGUUUGCAAAACAGCUUCGAGGAGAAAAUGGACUUCUGUUAACUCCGUGCUACACUGCAAACUUUGUAGCACCUGAGGUUCUCACUCAACAGGGAUAUGAUGCUGCUUGUGAUAUUUGGAGUUUAGGAGUCCUAUUUUACACUAUGUUGGCUGGCUACACUCCAUUUUCCAAUGGACCCAAUGAUACUCCUGAAGAAAUACUCCUGCGUAUAGGCAAUGGGAAGUUCUCUUUGAGUGGUGGAAACUGGGACAAUAUUUCAGAUGGAGCUAAGGAUUUGCUUUCUCAUAUGCUUCAUAUGGACCCACGUCAGCGUUAUACUGCUGAACAAGUAUUAAAACACUCUUGGAUAACCCAGAGAGAACAGUUGCCGAGGGAUCAGCCAAAGACAAAUGAUGCAUCACAUGUUGUUACGGAAGCAGUGGUUGCAACAUAUUCUGCCUUGACUCCCAAGUCUUUCCAACCAAUUCUAGAGCCUGUUGCUGCUUCAAGUUUAGCUCAGAGGCGGAGCAUGAAAAAGCGAACAUCCACUGGCUUGUAA